CUCGUCCCGUCUCCUCCUUCUAUUGCAUAAACUGCCAGACAGAACCUUUGCUCCGCAUUUGGUCUUCGCUCUGAAACCAGAGAAAAUAUGGCCCUUCCGGACGAGUUGGAAGCUCUAACCAAAGCUUUCUCAGGUCAUGGAGUUGAGGAGAAUGCAUUGAUCUCCAUACUGGGAAAAUCACACCCUGAGCUUCGGAGAGGUUUCAGGAAAAAUUCCCCAUUUUUCCUCCAGGAUGAACGCCAAUUCGAGCGAUGGAAUGAUGUUUACGUCGAACUUCUCGAACAAGAGUUCCUGCGAUUCAAGGAUGCUGUUGUGCUUUGGAUCACGCAUCCUUGGGAAAGGGAUGCCCGUCUGAUUAAAGAGGCCUUGUUAGAGGGCCCUCAUCAGUACGGUGUUAUUGUGGAGGUUGCAUGUACCAGAUCGGCUGAGGAACUACUGGGUGCAAGGCGGGCUUACCAUUCCCUCUACGAUCACUCCGUUGAGGAAGAUGUUGCUACCCACAUCCACGGCCGCCAAAGAAAGCUCUUGGUGGCCCUGGUGAGUGCUUACAGGUAUGAAGGGCCAAAGGUGAAGCAAGAUGAGGCAAAAUCUGACGCCACAAAACUUUCCCAUGCAAUUAAAAGUGCCAAUAAGCAUAAGCCUAUUGAGGAUGAGGAGGUCGUAAGGAUACUAACAACCAGGAGCAAGCUUCAUCUCAAGGAAGUCUUUCAACACUACAACCACAUUUGUGGAAAGAGCAUAAUUGAGAAUCUUGCUGGAGAUAACUUCCUCUUAGAAGAGACUGUUGAAUGCCUGUAUACACCUCAUACAUUUUUUGCCAAGGUUUUGGAUUCGGCUCUAAAAAUCGAUGCAGAUAAGAAUGCGAAAAAAGCUGUGACUAGAGUGAUUGUCUCUCGAGCUGAUACAGACAUCAAGGAGAUCAAUGAGAAGUACCAUAAACAGUUUGGAGUUUCUUUAGAGAAGAAAAUUAAGGACACGGCUAAGGGGAACUACAGGGAUUUCUUGCUUUCCUUGUUAGCAAAGGGGAACUGAUUAAUUGUUGGAGAAAAACGAUGCAUUUUGUGUCUUAAUUGUGCUCCCUGCUAUGUUUCCCCUGUUCCCCUUUCUUUUCUCACAAUCAUUCUCUUUUGUAUUUGUAAUGAUUUGAGUUUUAGAUACUCAGAUCUUUUCAAUAAAUAUAGUGAUUUGAGUUUUAGAUACUCAGAACUUUUCAAUAAAUAUAAUGAUUUGAGUUUCGAAUUCUCUGAUCUUUUC